AUGCUAUUCUCCACAACGGAAACAAGAAAGAUGCCUAAUAAUAGUCAUCAAUUAAGAAUUCAUUCGCCAUUACGAUUACGAGUAACAACUAUUCACAAGUUACAAUCACAUAUCGCCACGGCAUUUCAAUUAACAAUGAUAGAUGAUAUUACAGUUAAUCAAAAUCAGCAACAACUUGAAGAACGAGUACAACAACGACAUCAAUGA